UCUGCUGAGCCAAUCACUGUGUGGCUUGUUUUCUCCCCGCAGAAACGAAUAGGUUGUUGUGUUUGUUUGGGUUUAAAGAGCUCUACUCAAUCGGAGGAGGAAGAAAACGGAAUGAAAACAUUUAGUUCUAUGAAAACAUUAUUAUUGUUAUUUAUUUCUUAGCAGACGCCCUUAUCCAGGGCGACACAAUUGUUACAAGUUAUCAAAACAUAGCACUAAUUGCUUUGUGUAACUGCACGUUUUAUUUCCAGUUUCGGAUGCAAUAUCAAACGACAGAUCUCAGGGUUCAUUUGACAUCCUCAAUGAGUGGAAAAAAAUGAAAACAAUUUGGAAACUCAUCAGGCUCAGUCUAAAAAAUGGAGAUUCGUUGUGGCGGCUUGAUUUUCAGUUCCAGAUUUGAGUCUGGGAAUUUGGCACGAGUGGAACAGGUGAAGCACCCAGACACAGAUGGGGAAGCAGUUGUUAAUGGGAGCACAACUUCAACGAUGUUUGGGGGACCCCUUUCCUCCCCAGAUUAUGAGUUUAACAUUUGGACUAAACCGGACUGUGCUGAAACACAGUUUGAAAACGGAAACAGAUCCUGGUUCUAUUUUAGUGUACGGGGAGGGGCUCCUGGGAAGCUCAUUAAAAUCAAUGUCAUGAAUAUGAACAAACAAAGCAAACUGUACUCCCAGGGAAUGACUCCAUUUGUGAAGACACUUCCUUUGAAGACACAAUGGGAGCGGAUACAGGAUAGACCCACAUUUGAGAUGGUUGAGAACCAGUUUAUUCUGUCUUUUAAUCACUGCUUUUUGGAGAUCCGUGGGGCCACAACGUACUUUUCUUUCUGCUACCCGUUUUCAUAUGCCGAGUGUCAGGACAUGUUGGUACAAUUAGACCAGAAGUUUGUGGACUCUAAUCACCUAACACCUAACAGUCCUGUAGAUUCCAUCUAUUACCAUCGUGAACUGCUGUGCAACUCACUAGAUGGACAUCGUGUUGAUCUCAUUACGGUCACAUCGUGCCAUGGGAUGAUGGAAGAACAGGAACCAAGGUUGGAAAAACUGUUUCCUGACAACUGCACACCCCGACCUCACCGAUUCAAUGGAAAGAGAGUGUUUUUCCUCAGUAGUCGGGUACAUCCAGGAGAAACCCCUUCCAGUUUUGUGUUCAGUGGAUUUCUAAAUUUCAUUUUGAAGCAAGAUGACCCUCGAGCUAAAAUGCUGAGGAAAAUGUUUGUCUUCAAGUUGAUACCAAUGCUAAAUCCUGAUGGAGUAGUACGAGGGCACUACAGAACUGAUUCUAGAGGUGUGAAUCUCAACCGCCAGUACCUCAAUCCCGAUUUCGAACUUCACCCCUCCAUUUAUGGUGCCAAGUCUGUCAUAAUGUACCACCACCUGCACAAUUGUGUUCGACCUGAUUCUCAAGACGGGAGUUCAUUUGUAUCGCCACUCUCUUCAAACUUGUUAAGCACAAAACCGUCAGAUCAUUCCAAUAGAAACUUCCCUUUUUCCUCAGAGGGUUCUCUGUCCGAAAUGGAGAAAAGCAACAACCUAAGAAAUGAACGGCACAGUGAAGGAGAUUGCAUUCCUCCAAUCCAGGGCUUUGGCCAAACAGAAAUUCCAGUGUUGACAGAGAACAGCGGGCAGCUGAUUUCUGAGCUUCUCAUUAAAGGAGAAUCCGACAUGAAGACAGAGAAUAUAGUGAAGAGUGGUAAUGAAGAGCCCAGUGACAAAGAAUGUAUAAAAACAAGAAUCUCUCCUGACCCACCUGAACAUGUUCUCCCCCGAGAGAGUGGAGUAGCUUACUACGUAGACCUUCACGGGCAUGCAUCAAAACGUGGCUGCUUUAUGUACGGAAACAGCUUGUCUGAUGAAAACGAGCAGGUGGAAAACAUGCUGUAUCCCAAGCUUAUCUCCAUGAAUUCAACAAAUUUUGACUUUUCGGCCUGCAAUUUCUCUGAGAAGAACAUGUACGCCAAAGACAAGAGGGACGGCCAGUCAAAAGAAGGAAGUGGGCGUGUAGCCAUUCACAAAGCCACAGGGGUGAUCCACAGCUACACACUGGAGUGCAAUUAUAAUACAGGCCGCUCUGUGAAUACAAUCCCACCUGCUUGUCAUGAUAACGGGAGAGCAAGUCCUCCUCCACCUGCUGCCUUCCCUCCCAAAUACACAACUGAGUUGUUUGAACAGGUUGGUAGAGCCGUUGCUAUUGCAGCACUAGAUAUGGCUGACUGCAACCCCUGGCCUCGCAUUGUGAUGUCUGAACACAACUCUCUUCCUAACUUACAUGCAUGGAUGUUGAAGCAUGCGAGAAACAGCUUAAAGAAAAAUGUCACAAAGACUGCUCCAAAGGGCUCUCAUGGCAUGACAUCAGUCUCUGAGAAUUCGUUCAGCAGGACCAGGAGUAACAGUAAUGGUAUUACCAGUGGGAGCAGCAGUAGCCAGCAAAACUCCCUGCAGCUCAAGUCCUUGACCAGCUUCACAUUCAGCUGUAGCCCGGGUAUGGGAAGGCCUACCUGUCCUGCAGGAAUCAAUCGGAGCCAUCAGAAAGGGGGGCAUAGGGCUCUGGGAUCAGUGAGAGAGUCUAGAGUUCAAGAGAAGAGACGUCCGCACCACCAGUCAAUGUUAAGAGCCACUGCAAGCAACCCCAACAGCCGCCAGUGCUCCCCAUCCCAUCCUCUGCCUCCCUCCUUGGCUUUUUCCAAGAGCUCCCCCUCCACCCAGCAGCUUUCCGUCCUUGGCAGCUGCUCGGUCUCAGCCUCCUUAAGCAUGGCAGAUUCAUAGUACUGUUCAGUAUUCUCAGACUUUUGGAUACCUCACUUGAAUUUUUGUAUAUUCUUAUAAAUGGAUUUAUUUAUUACGUGGCAUGCUUGUCAUUCAACGAAACCCUAAAAUAUUUUAUUGGGGUGGGCUCCUGAGUGGCGCAUCCGCUAAAAGGCGCGCCACGUGGAGUGCAGGAUGCGCCCUAUAGCCUGGAGGUCGCUGGUUCGAGUCCAGGCUGUUCCACUGCCGACCGUGGACGGUGAGCUGUCCUAAAAUACAAUUGGAUAUUUCAAUUUGGGAGAAAAACGGUAAAAUCAACUGCCAACUACUAAAUAAAUUAAUAAAAUAUAUAUAUAAUUUUUUUUAAUUUUUUUUUACUUUUCAGGGCAUUUUGAGAAGUCACAUUGACAAUUCAGUUUUAAUUAAUUUUUAUAUAUAAUAUGCAUGCAUGCGUACAUACAAAACAAUAACCUGGCAACUGCUGUAAUCUGUACAGUGCUGCUUCCCUUAAAAGGAGAUACUACAUGUGAUGGGUGCUGCAGAAUUUUUAAAAGCAAGAAAUAAACCUAGGCUAUAGUAUUUCAAACAGUAUCGCCUUCAAUACAUAAAUUGGAAGAAAUGCAGGUUUGAUGCAGCCUUGUUAUGCACUUUUUUAUGUUACAUUUUUGUACAGUUGUCUGCAAUAUCACAUGUGUCUUAAUAAUAGCUAAGUCAACUAGAAACUAGAUGCCAGGACUCCAUAAUAAUACAGUUUAAUAUGUACUCAAAAUUAUUAUUUUUAUUAUUGAAGUUCUGUUUUUAGUGGCUACCAAUUCAAGUCAGUUUUGUAAUAACAUUUGUUUAUUCAGAUUUUAUACACCAGCCUUUCUCCUACUGGUAUUUUGUAUAUUUUUUUACUCGCUUUAUAAAACGAUUAUUCUGUGCUGGGAGUCUACUAUAUUCUGUCUGCCCUGCAUCAGCUUUGAUUACAUUCUGGUGGUAAUUUAUUAAAGAAUUUUAUUAGUUGUCUUAUUACACCGCAUUUUUGUAUACAGUAGCUUUACUAUGCCUUUCUGUAAAAAUAGCCUCUUAAGAAAAUACAAGUGUCAUGCAAAUGAAACUUUCAAACAGUUUAUUAAAAGUUAAAAAAAUUAUGCCAGUAUUAAACUUUCAUCAUUGCAAAUCUGAUUCUAGAAAAUGUGUCAGGUGGUGUGCCAUUUAAUGUUUCUGAUAUGAAGUAGAGUUUGGUUCGAUUUUUAGAUGCUUUAGAAAGUGAAUGACUGAAAUAAAAACGUUUUAGCAUAAUGCGUGUCUGAUACAAGGGAAUUGCUUCUAUUAUGACCACCAGAAGGACAGUAAAACGGUCUUUAUUUGGAGCUGGUCAUAGAGAGAGUCUACUGUACUAGCCACAAAUGUAGCUAUUCAUAAGAGUAUCUGCAACUGACCAGUAUACUGUAAGUAAUAUAACUGAGUAUAUAAACUGCUAAAAGUGCUCAGAACAUUACAGUAACUGUUGUGUGUCUGUGCUUAAAUGAAGACUUAAUAAAAAAAAAGCCACUUGCAGGAUAUCUACAACAUUAACAUGGUCAAACACCAAAUAUGUACAGUGUGCAACUCCAUGAUCUCAUUUGAAAAAGUUAACCUCUGGACUGUCAGAUAGGAAUGCAAUAGUAUGAUUGAUCAGACACUCUGGAUUGCCAAAGAUCCAGGAACAAAUGAAGGCAGAGUUUAAACACUAAAAUAAAUUGGUUUAUUUUGUAAAGGUUACGUGAAUGUAAUGUGGUUAUUGCAAGUUGUAGAUGUCUUUUGAGAAUUCACAAUUAUAUAUUUAAGAAGCCUAAUGUGUGGUUUUUAAAGCAUGAUCUUUGUUGUCCAUAACUUGUUUUAUCUGUGUCUUAAGAUUCCCGUCAAAGCUUAAAUCCUGAGCAUAAACAUUUAGUGUAAGGCAACUAUGGAUAUAUAUUUAAAACUUUUGUGAUGUUAUUUUGUGGGCUUGUGCCAUGAAGUGUUCUUACUAGUGGUGAAUAUCAUGACAUUUCAACGUUUGUCAAAUAUUUAUUUACAUGUCACUGAAGCAGUCUCGUAUUACAAUGAAGCAGUCACCAGAAAUGAUCUGUUCAAGAGAACUGAAGGGUAUGCAUGCAAUGGCAAAUGAGUAUGUUUUCAAUUGAAAAACAUGAAGAAUACGAUGAGUUUAGUAUACCCCCCCCCCACCCCCGUAAUGUAUAAACAAAUUAUAUAGUGACGGGAAUCCACCCAAACUUGAAAGCGGUACUAAAGCAAUUUCACAGUUUAUAAUACUAAAAAUGUUGAAGUUCCUGAUAAUUGUGCUGUUUUGAUAAUUUUUUGAAUUAAUAAUAAUAAUAAUAAUAAUAAUAAUAAUAAUAAUAAGAAGAAGAAGAAGAAUUUACUACUGCUGUUUUAAUAUUGUUGUCCACUUUCCUACUGUUCAACUGCCUUUUCAGAUCUGAGUUGUCUAAUAUAGUCAUGAAAUCCUGUGUCUCCAUUUUGUAAAAUAAACUUUCUAUGUAUGAUUUGGACAA